CCGUACUUCGUACAAAUACAAAAAGCCCCUCCAUCAUCCACCUCUCCCCACUAUUUUUAUGGAAUCCAGCCCUGCCUUGUUCCUAAUAUUAUUGAGCCAACCCUUGACGCUUCUCAAAACCAGAGGCCCUUCUUCCUCCUUGGCAAACCUCCAUCUUUUGUAGUUAACUGCGAUAGCGAACAAGUGACACUCGUUCUUUUCGCUACCUUACAACUUCAUCAUAAACCUAUACACAUAUAUCGCAUCUCGAAAACAGCUCAACCAUGGCUGAUUCUCUGACCGAAGAGCAAGUCUCCGAGUUCAAGGAGGCGUUCUCCCUCUUCGACAAAGACGGUGAUGGACAAAUCACAACAAAGGAGUUAGGUACCGUCAUGCGAUCUCUGGGUCAAAACCCCUCCGAAUCUGAGCUUCAGGACAUGAUCAACGAAGUCGAUGCCGAUAACAAUGGAACCAUUGACUUCCCUGAGUUCUUGACCAUGAUGGCACGCAAGAUGAAGGACACCGACUCCGAGGAGGAGAUUCGAGAAGCGUUCAAGGUUUUCGAUCGUGACAACAACGGCUUCAUCUCUGCUGCUGAACUCCGCCACGUUAUGACUUCUAUUGGAGAGAAGCUCACUGAUGACGAGGUUGACGAGAUGAUUCGCGAGGCUGACCAGGACGGUGACGGUCGCAUCGACUACAACGAGUUCGUCCAGCUAAUGAUGCAGAAAUAAAAUGGAGGAAGAAAACAGGAAUUUGUUAGACUUUAGCUAGCCUGUUGCCGUCAUACCCACUUCUUAUGUUGCGAUGAGCUUUUUUCUUUCUCUCGGGGCCGUGGCCAGUGGGACGCUAUUGAUUGAGCUGACAUUGCCGGCUCGGGUGGUGAUAUACACAUGAAUGGUGUUAGGCUGAAAGACGGGCAGGAUCUCCUCCACCAACGGCUGUCUUGACUCUAUAUUUCCCGAUAAAACAAUAGCACGUCAAUCUUGGUGUGACUUAACGUCCCCUCCCACACUACUAUUUUGCUAUCGUGAAAUUUAUAGGUCUCUAAUCUUACGACCGGAGCCUUGUAGUUUGUCGCUUAUAUAACAUUUUAUUGACAUGAGAUACCGUCCUUCA